AUGCUGCGCAACACCCGUCUGUUCCUUAACCCUAACGCACAGCGCGUUCUCAUCACUGGCGGACUUGGCCAGAUCGGUACAGACCUCAGCCUCGCACUGCGCGAGAGGUUUGGCGCCGAUUCUGUUCUCACAACCGACAUGGUGAAGCCCCAUGCAAAGCACCCGCUCGCUGGCUCGAAGGGGUACCAGCAGUUGGACUGCAUGAACCGUGAUGCUUACGAGCAGCUGGUGAAGGACUUCAAGCCAACGUGGCUCUGCCACCUUCCCGCUAUCAUGUCUGUUCGCGGUGAGAACGAGCCGAAGCUUGCCCUCGACCUGAACAUCUCCACAGCACGCUAUGCACUUGAUUUGGCACGUGACUACAAGAUGCGUGUUUUCAUUCCAAGCACAAUCGCCGCAUUCGGUGACAAGUGCGGCAAGGUGAUGACGAAGGAUGACACAGUCCUGAACCCCUCUACAGUGUACGGUGUCACCAAGGUCUUUGCUGAGCUUCUCGGCGCCUACUACCGCGACAAGAUGGGCGUGGACUUCCGCAGUGUGCGCUUCCCAGGUAUUAUCUCCGCGGCAACACUUCCCGGCGGUGGCUCCACGGACUACGCCAUCCACAUGUACCACUGCGCCCUGGCCAAGACAAAGUACGUGUGCCCUGUGCUCCCAGAUGAGCCCCUGCCGAUGAUGUACAUGCCGGACACGUUGAGG